GGGAAGAUCCUCGUACUGUUCGGGUUCGUACAGAUAGUGAGGAGUGACGGGGAUGGGCUGAGAAAACAGAAAGGUGGCCCCCCCUCCCCACCUUUGAGUACUGAACAAUAUAACUCUUGCAACUCUUUGGAUAACCUGGUAAACCAAGUGUUGAGGCUCUGAACAUUUGGUCGAGGAACUGUGAAAAAGAUUUUAAAACAAGAUGGCGAGUUCCAGGGCUGCGAACAAGUUUCGCACAGCGUUUAACUACAAAGGGUACGAGGUAGCGCGAUGGUUCCCCGGUCACAUGGCCAAAGGCUUGGGCAAGAUGCGGAGGCAGCUGAAGGGCGUUGACUGCGUCAUCGAAGUUCACGACGCCAGAAUUCCGAUCUCCGGUCGGACGCCUCGCUUCCAGGAAACGCUGUCCAUACGACCUCACCUGCUGAUGCUGAACAAGAUUGACCUCGCCGACCUUUCCAGGAAAAGGGAAAUCGAGGAGAAGCUACGACAGCAGAAUGUCGAACACCUGACCUUCGCGAGCUGCACCACCUUCAAGGACAAAGAUGUGAAGCAGAUCAUGCCCAAGGUCAUGGACAUCUUGGCCUCUUCUCCGGAAUUCUACAAGGGAGAGGACGAUGACAUCACUCUGAUGGUGAUCGGGAUCCCGAACGUUGGGAAAUCAUCGCUCAUCAACGCCUUCCGGAGAAUGUACCUGAAGAAGGGGAGAGCCACACCUGUGGGGAAGGACCCGGGGAUCACGCGAAGCGUCCUUACAAAAAUCCGCGUCUCGGACAGGCCGUCCGUCUUUCUACUCGACACUCCAGGCGUGCUCUCUCCGAACAUUCCCGACGUAGAGACGGGCUUCAAGCUGGCGCUCGUCGGUGCCAUCAAGGAUCACCUGGUCGGGGAAGACUUCUUGGCGGACUACUUGCUCUUCCGGCUGAACCGCCAGGAGAACUUUCGCUACGUGGAGCACUACAAGAUGCAGGAGCCGUGCGACCACGUCUUGAAGAUGCUGGGACACAUCGCCGUGCAGAUGGGGAAGUCUCGCAAGAUCAAGAUGGACUCUGGCACGGGCUCCAUGAUCAUUCACCAGCCCAACUUCCAGGCCGCAGCACUGCAGUUCCUUAGGGACUUCCGGCAGGGGGCGCUAGGGCCUGCCAUGCUGGACUAAAUAGACAGGGGGCGCUAGGGCCUGCAAUGUUUGAUUGAACUAGCAGUAGGAGUAGCCUGAGUACCAUCCUCCAUAGUGCCUGCUGGCUUAAUCUUUUUGCUUGCUUAAACCACUAAAUUCCAACCGUCGGGGAUAUACAUUUAGGUUCAGACUCUGUCUGUGGUUAGCAAGCAAAAGGAUUGAGCCAGCGGUCACUACUGAGGAAGGUACUCAGGCUACAGUAGGUGAUGAUAGUUUAGACUUUGAGUUGGGCUUUAAAGUUUAAUAGUUUUAUAUCAUUAUUACAUAUAUUAAUGUGCUUAUUUCUGAUGGCAUGCUGUUCUAUUUGUACAUGUACUUGUUUUAAGAAGACUGGGCAUGAGAAACAAUGGACAUUUGAGGCAGAUAUGACAUUAUGAGGCCCAAAAUAGGCAUCAAACCAGCUUGCUGAUAAAUCAUGCCUAAGAUGAUCACACUGAUCAGAACCUUUCCAGCCAUUCCUGGAUAAUUGGUGUUUGUUCUACAAUAAAUCAGAAGCAAGCAGGACUCUUCUUAUCUGGUGCAAUGUUGAACUGUCAUUUCCAACACCAGAAAUUGAACUAACCCACAUUUUCUACUGUCCAACUCGAGUCUUCGUUAAGGAAUGAACAAUCCAAUGCUUCUAUGAUAGGGAAUCAGUGUUGGAAGCUGAGAAUGUCUUUUACCAACACGGGAAUUUUCAAGUUAGGACUUGUUCUUAAGAUACGCUGUGAAUGUAACUGAUGGUUUCUAAAUCUAAUGAUGAGAAAGAAGUGUAUUGUGUUGACUUCAUUGUUAUGAUGAUUUGCAGGCUUAACAUUACAAGUAUUGUUAAGCAAGGAUAUACCUGAAUCUAGGAUAUUUCACCACGCCAUAACCUUGGUAUCAGGACUUUCAAACUUGAAAAAAGAAUAAAAAAUCAUCCAAGGUUUGAUAAUCAAUCUACUCAGUGGUGUAUGAUUAUGCAUUGAUUAUACCACCAGUCAGUCAUUGUAAUGCAAUGUAAGGUUUCCCCAAUUCAAGUGUGUAUUCCAUUGUUCUAAUUGUAGCUGCUCUAAGUAUAAUUGGUAUAUGCUGGUGUCUACAGUGGCUAAUGUAGUAGACAUUUGAAAUUUGAAAUACAAGACUGAUUAUCUGAAUUGGUGUUUGUGUAUUUGGUUUGUUUUAUUGCUUGAA